AUGAGACUAUCUUUGCGGGUACCUCCCAAAUACGAAUUGUUUGAUGCGGAGGAUCGUGGAGCAGGAGAUGAUAAGGAAAAUGUUAAUCAAGUAAACUCUCCUCAGAACUACCGCUCAAGCCCUUACAUUAAUGAAGUGAUUGAUUAUCCAUCAACUCCAUUGGAAACUUUAGCACAGGAAAGUAUCGAGAUCAAAGAAAAUAUUGAGACCCAAUACUCAAAUGCCAAGAGAUGACUCCUUCAAGUCCAAAAUGAAGGAACUGAGGUCUCCAUGAGUAUAUUUAAUGACUUAGAGAACCUUAAAUAAAGAAAAUAGUGAUCGAGUCAAGCAUCUAGAGGACCUUCUAGCAGAGCUUGAGGAGAUAACAGGAGGUACAAGUUUCAUCUUUGAGCAACUUGACUCAAAAGUUAAACGGAUUCAGCAUCUUGAAUCAUAUUUACUCAACAUGGAAUCUCAAAUGCGAUCAAAAGGCGACAAAAUGUACGCAGAAAUUUGUAAAAAGAGGAAAGCUAAUGCUGAAAUUCGACUUGAAAUGGACCAACUAUCAAUAGAAAUUUCUAAAUUAAAGCAUAAAAUGGAUACAAACAAGAGUGAUAUUAAGAAAUCUCAGUUAAACACAAAUGAAGUCGCCCAUCAAAUUACACAGAAGGAUGAUCAUAUUAAGACAUUAUCAAAAGAGAUCUUUGAAAUCUCUGAGAGAUUAGAUGAAGCUACCCAGAUCAUUGCCAGGUUGAAAUAAGAAGAAUAAAUAAAAGGGAAAAGGCUAUUAAUUCUAUGUCUUCUAAAGCAGAUAAACUAAUGAAGGAAUAUAUCGAGACUAAAGAGAAGGCAUUUCAUGAUAAGAAUUGACGAAUUUUGAACCAAAGAGAGAUCAACCUGACUGUUGGCUCUAGGAUGGUCGAUUUACUUCUGUCAAAAAUAUACAAUAGACAAAUGAAGGUCUCUCUCAAUUCUAUUAAGAAUUUCAUUAGCUUUGACAAGGAGUUCUUCGAGAUGACCCAGAGAAUGAUCCGUAUGGUUGAACGUAAGAAUUUGGACAAACUUAGAGAAUACUUUGAGACUUGGAAAAAGAAAAAGCUCAAGAAUACAGAGAUUAAACAACUGAUCCAACCUCUGAAGAAGUCUAUGAACAACGAUCGAGAAAGAGAAUGCAGGGAUAUCUUACAGAUGGAUGUACUUUAUUCGAAAGCAAAAUCCCGAAGCUGAAAUAUGCUGAUUGGGGUGAAGCUAGCUAGCAUUUUGACGAAAAGAUCUCAGUGUAACUUACAAAUAUCAUUUGGAAAAUGGAAAUCUUCAUGUGAAAGAUUUAGAAAACAGAAAUUGUCCCUAAAAAAUCUACUGACUCAGAAGAAUUUAAAAUUAUUAUUUUAUGGGUUCAAGUCAUUAUCAGAAGCUUGAAAUUUAUCGAAGAAUCAUACUGUGUAUUGAUCCAUCACCUCAAGGUCUUUGUACCUGCAAUCAAUAUUCUCAAGCCUAGUGUUAGCAACAAAAGAAAAGAAGUUUGCGAACGAAUCAUUAAAAUUAAGAGCAUUUCAUUCUCUAAUUUCUUACUGAAAAUUUCAAAAAUCUAUAAGAACCAACGAAAAAUUCCUUGACAGAAAUAUAAGCUCUAGCGAGCCUAGCACAGGUUGGACCAAUUUGCAGAGAGAUAGACUGAGGUGUGCUCUGAAUACUCUUAAGGCCCAGAUUAUGCAUGAAAAACUUGAAGUUAAAAGAAAUGACCAGACUACCUUUAAAUAAAGAAGCUCAAGUUAACAGCCUCAUUCUCAAAGUAAACAGAGAGCGAGUCUCAAAAGUCAGUGAUAUAGUUGAGACUGCAUUCAGAAAGAGAGUCAUGAGCUACUACCAACACUGGUACUGAGUAACAAGCGAGAGGGCAUGUAGACAUAAAGCUUUGACAAGGAUCUUAUUGAUAAGCAGUAAGAGAACUACACAAAGAGCAUUCCAUACUUGGAGAACCAAUCUUGUUCUUGCUACUAGAAAUAAUUUGAACAAUAGUAUUGAGGCUAAUGAUAAAGACAAUAUUGAAAUGAUUGACAAAUGUAGAAAAUUUGUAAAGGGCAUCGAUCAUGAUAUCCUCUCUAAUAAAGCUAAAGCCACCUUCAAAAUUCUUAAAUUCUCAAAAAUCAGGCAGAAGAAGAUGUACCAGGUAUACCUUAAUAAAUGGAGAAUGAAAAUUCAGAGAUCCCAACGGGUCAAAAAUGCUUUUAUAUCUCUGCAUUUACUGAACAACAAGCUCUACUUGAAAGAUGCAUUUAUGCGGUACAAAAAUACUAUCAAGGAGCAGAGAAAGUCUGAAGUUAUAGAAGCAAGGCUUAAUUUCAUGAUCUCAUCAAUAGACAACAGGCAAAAAUCUAGGGUCUUUCAAGCAUUGUCAACUCAUGUUGUAAGCAUGAAGGGAAGAAAAGAAAAUUUAUUGAGAAUAGUUCAGAACUCUUCCACUAAGAAAGUAAAAAUAGCAUUCUCGCUUUGGAAAACAGUAUAUCUCAAAUCUUGCCAGGUAAAAUUACAAUCUGAGCGAGAUGUAGUCUCCUUCUGAGAGAAACAACUAGAAGACAAGAAGGCAGACUAUAAAUAUGAGAUUAAGAAGCUGGAUAUUGGAACGUCAAGGCUUAAAGACCAACUAAAUCUUAAAGGAAAGCAUGUACUUAUGAAUGCUCUUGAGAGAUGAAUCAGAGCUAAUAAAGCAUCAGCUUUCUCUACAUGGAAGGAGAGUACCAUAAAGUUGAAUAUAAGUGUAAAAACCUUACUUUACCUUUUCAAAAAGAAGCAGAGUUGACUUUGUCAACAAGCUUUAACAAGCUGGAAGAAUCACAUUGAGCUAACUAAAAUAGAACUAUACUGCCGAAGGGUUGAUCAGAAUAUCAAAGGAAGGCAUUCAGAAAACAACUUAGACCAUAUUGAUCUACACAGUCAGACUCCGAUAAAAUCUGGAGAGAAAUAUAUCAAGAAUCUUGAGCUCCAAAAGGCUCAUUUCAUGAAGAAAUCUCAUAGUGUAGUCAAACUUAAAAAAUCUCAGAAGUCAGGCAGCACUGUGAUUGCAUCCCAGAGAAUCAUUUUCGAUGGUCUAAAGUUUCUCUCUUCUUCUAAGAGAAAAGGAAUAAGAAAAUUAGAACAAUUUUGGGACAAGAAGACAACCGAAAAAGCACUAUUUUUGAUCAAUUCUGUUUCAAGCAUUAAGCAUUUUGUGGCAAGAAGGAAGUAUGCACUCACAAAAACAGUGAGAAUUUUAUACAUUUCAAGCUUAAAACAAGCAUUUAGUAGUUGGAGGGGCACUAUUUUACUAAAACACAGCUCUCUCGCUUUCUACUCCCACAAAGAACACCACAAACACACCCAAAACACCCACGCCCACAUCCACUCCCUCCAAACCUCCCUCUCCGCUACCUCUCAGCACUCAAAAACCCACUUAACCCUCUUCAAAAUUUUCAAAUCUCUUCAUUCAGCCUGCCUCCACUCAAAACUCCAAAAAUCCGCUCUAAAGUCCCUUCUCCAUUCCAAACACACCCAAAUCCUCCAGCAAGUGUUCAAGGCAUUUCACUUGAACUACACUGUAGCAGCAGCCCAUUCUCUGAAGGAACAAAGGAUCAAGGAUUUUAUAAGGAGUAAUUCUAAGAGAAAGGUUCUACAGAGUUUUAGAACAAAUCUUGACAGAACAAAGGAGCUCGCCAAGAUGCUGACCAGGGUCUCCAAGAAGGAACAGAACAAGGAGAAGGCAAAAGCUUUAAGACUUUUGGAUAGUUUUGGAGUAAGCAGGAUGGCAAGUGAGUACCUGCAGAAGGGAAGAGCAGCCAGGUCUAUUGUGCAGUGGAUUAGGUGUUUUAGGAAGAGAAAGUUGGCCGAGCAUUUUGGAGAGAUUAAAGAAGAGGGUUAUCAAAGAUUUGUGAGAAGAAAGUCUCUUGGGAGGUUGUUAAAUAGGCUGCCAAGAACAAGACUUCAAGCAUCUUUUGCUACAUGGAAGAUUUUAGUGAAGUCGACUCAUUUGGAGAAUCAAGUAUCUUUGUAUGGUCGAAAAGCCAUUGAUAACUACAAUUGUAACCAAGAUCUGCACUCAAUCAUUAAUUUUGCUUAUGAAAAUGCAGGUUUUAAGGAAAACACUGGAGAUAUCAUUACAGAAGCUCUAAAGAAGGGACAAUCACGUGUCCAGAUGCUGACAACGAGACCGAUUUUUCUUAUUAAAUCCCGCAUGAACAACGAUAAGCAGUAUCUCAAGAUUCUGAUCUUCCAAAAAUGGAAGGAAUGGCUGCACACUAAAAAGGCUUGGAAAUACCACAUUCAAAUGUGCGAUGCAAGGCUUAAGAAUCACCAGACUGGUCAAAAGAGACUAUAUUCUGCUUUCCAGCAAUGGAAAACUCUUUUUGAGCGCAAAAAUCAGAAAUUAGGGAAAAUUUCGUACCAUAACCUUCAAGAAAGAUCGAUUCAAACCUCUAACCUUACUCAAUCUACCAAGAUGGUGAAUAAACGACAAGAUGAGACCAUUUAUGAGUUAGAGCAUCAGAAUAAGAUAUUGAUUGGGAAUACAAUCUCUGGACAGAAGAUGGCCCUCCUCACAUUUCAAGAUAAAUACUCAACUGUGCAAAAAAGAUUAGCUAAGAAGCACGAUAAUACUCGUGAAAGAGUCACUAAGGCUUUCAAAACCUGGGCUAGAUACACUAAGAGCUUAAAGACUGCCUUCAAACAAGAAGAGCUUAAGAAAAAUAUGGAGCUGAUUGUCAAGCUCAGAUUACAGAUCAAAGAAUAUGAUAUGAGUAAUCAAGAGCUCAUCAUGGAAAAUGAUGAGCUUAGAACUACUUCAAUGGAAGGAAUCGCUCUAGCAGAGGUCUGGAAAGAACUAUCUGAGAAGAUAAAGAUCCUUUGAGUUGAUCUACAGAGUAAACAAGCUGUGGUAGAUUCACUUCAAUCCCAGAAUUCAGAAAUGGCAGUGGAUCUUUACCAAAGAGAGAAUUACUAA